UCUCUUCCCGGUCUUCUGGGUUGCUAAAGUCCGGUGGCAGGAGGCGUAAAGCGGUGUUUUUUUCGCCGCGGUCUGGCUUUUUUUUUUUUUUUUUUUUUGGAACCGCAGUGGUUUAAAAAACCGAGAGCAUCUGGAUAGGGGUCGCCACUCCUAGCCCUUCUUCCUCCGAGUUUGCGACUCCGCCGUCCAAGAUGGACAAAGUCUGUGCUGUUUUUGGAGGCUCCCGGGGCAUUGGGAGGGCAGUGGCCCAGUUAAUGGCGCGGAAGGGCUACCGACUGGCCAUCAUCGCCAGAAAUCUGGAACUGGCCAAAGCCGCCGCCGGUGACCUCGGCGGAGAUCAUUUAGCAUUUAGCUGUGAUGUUGCCAAAGAACAUGAUGUUCAAAAUACCUUUGAAGAGAUGGAGAAAACUUUAGGUCGAGUUAAUUUCUUGGUAAAUGCUGCUGGAAUUAACAGGGAUAGCCUUUUAGUAAGAACAAAAACUGAAGAUAUGGUAUCUCAGCUUCAUACUAACCUCUUGGGUUCCAUGCUGACUUGUAAAGCUGCCUUGAAGACUAUGAUUCAACAACAGAGAGGGUCUAUUGUUAAUGUAGGAAGUAUUAUUGGUUUAAAAGGCAAUUCUGGCCAGUCUGUGUAUAGCGCCAGUAAAGGAGGAUUAGUUGGAUUUUCACGUGCUCUUGCUAAAGAAGUAGGAAGAAAGAAGAUUAGAGUGAAUGUGGUUGCACCAGGAUUUGUUCAUACAGAUAUGACGAAAGACUUGAAAGAAGAACAUUUAAAGAAACACAUCCCUCUUGGGAGGUUUGGAGAACCUAUUGAUGUGGCACACGCCGUUGUGUUUCUCUUAGAGUCACCAUACAUUACAGGGCAUGUUCUGGUAGUGGAUGGGGGAUUACAACUCACGAUAUAGUUUACAGAACAUUCAGUUAAAAUAGUGAUUAUAGUAAGGACACACUUGGGCUGUUGAUUUAUUUGUAUUUGGGCUGUUGAUACCUAUGUGGGUGACAUUUGCUAAUCCUACCAAUUGAUUGUACAAAUACUGAUUUCCAUUUUUAUAUGAAUAUGCCUGUAAAGAACAGUGUGUGACCAGUUGUGUUUUCUAAAUGGUAAGAACCUUAUAGGCUGUAGCAAUUUUAGUAUAUAGAUAUUUGCAAGUAAUAUAAACAGACAUUAUUUUAAUUUAUAUAUUUUGUCUCAAAAGUGGCAAAAUUAUAUGGUCUAAUGGUCAUGAAUUAUUUCAUUGUAUCAGGCAAAAUUCUCUAGAAGUUAACCUUGUGAGCCAUUGCUAAAAUAAGAGCAUUUAUAGGGCAUUGGUUACUUGUCAGUAUUUUAACAAUCCUGCCAAAGUUAAACAUUGUAUUCCUUUUACAUAUGCCUUAGAAGAUCAAUUUUUAUACAGGUUGAAAAAAACAUUAUCAGUUAGAUACAGGCAUGAAUUUAGAAUCUGGUUUCUUUGAGUGUAUUACUCCUGAUUAAGCAGCUAGGCAAAAUAAUUUACAAAUACAAAUGUGGUACAGUUGAUCUGUUCUAUAGAAUUUCUCAAAGAUGAUGUGUAAUAACCCUUAAGGUUUUAAUACCUUGUAUAGUAAUGAGCUGCAUAGAUGUUAUCAACUUAUGAAAUAGAAGUAGUUUUUUGUGUUUUGUAUCCUCAAAACACUAAUAUUAGCAAACUACUUAAAAACAGCAUAAGUAUCAUGACAUUUUCAAAGGGAAGAAUAUUUUAUAUGAAUUAAUGUAAUAUUUUUAUUGUAAAAUUUUAGAAAUAUGAAUAGCAUAAAUGAUAUUUUAAAUAAAUAUGUGGCAGUAAUGAAUAAGAUGUCUUUAUAAGGAACAGUUAAAGCCUUAAUUUUAAAAGAAAAUAUAUGCCUGAGAAUAGAGGACAUAAACUGAAAGUAAAAUAUCAGGCAAUAUCUAUUUUGCAUUCAACUUUUUUGUGGGGAAUAGUGUGAUAUUUUAAAUGUCACUGGAUUCAUGUUGAUUUUUAUUAUUUAUCUAAUUUUGAAAUAUGUUUUAAAUAUUUACUGCAUUUUAAAAAGUAAGUUUUAUUGGAGCUAAAGAUUAUUUUAUGUAAACACAUUUUAUUUUAUAUUGCAAGUCAGUGCAAAGCUGUGAAUUGGAUGUGCUAAAUAAAUUCAAUGUGAUAAAAGUAAUGAAAAUAAAAAAUAAAAACUAAUAAAGUCAAAUCUAAUUUCUA